GUAAUCCACAGGUUGUUUUUUCCUCGACUUGUAUUCAAUCGGUUGUCUUUGAGAGUGUGGGAUGCGCUUCUCCGAGACGGUGCGGUAAUUCGUCGUUCCUGUGUGUUUCAUGCUAGUGUUGUGUUAUCAAGUGAUUCGGUGUGUGAAAGUCCGAGAGACACCAUGGGGGUCGGCUUACCUCCUCUGGAAUUCACCGAGUGCAUGACUGACAGUCCAUAUUUUCGCGAAAACCUGCACAAGCACGAGCGCGAAUUGGAAAAAACCAACCAACAAAUCAAGAGGAUCAUCAAAGAAGUGAAAGAUGUGCUCAACACGGCCAAACAGCUGAGCAGCGCCCAGAGGUCCUUCGCCGAAUGCCUGCAGGUCUUCACGUUCGAAUGCAUCGGGGGCGCCCAGACCGACGACGAGCAGGUGAUCUGCAAGUCGCUGAGCGAAUUCGGGAAGCUGAUCGUGUCGAUCGAGGAGGAGCGAGACAGAAUGCUGGAGAACGUCUAUUCCCACGUGGUGAAGCCCCUCGAGGACUUUCGCAAGAAGCACAUCGGAGGCGUGAAAAACGAGAAGAAGAAAUUCGAAAAGCAGACGGCCAAGUUCUGUCAGUGCCAAGAGAGAUAUUUAAAUCUCACCACGAAAAAACCGAAUUCGCUUCAAGAGGCCGACGCGUCGGUGGACAUGGCCGAACGCCACUUCUUCACGGCGAGCAUGGACUACGUCUACCUGAUACAGGAAGUCCACGAGAGGAAGAAGUUUGAGUUUGUCGAGACGCUGCUGACGUUCCUGUUCGGUUGGCUGACCUUCUACCACCAGGGGCACGAGGUCGCGAAGGACUUCAAGCCGUACAUGAUCGACCUCCAGCACAAGAUACAGAAGACGAGGGCCAAUUUUGAUGAUUAUAGCAAUAAGCUGCGGAAACGGAUGGCCGACGUACAACACUGCGAGAAGCCGGUCAGGAAGUCGAUAAGGGAAGGGUACUUGUAUCUGCUCGAGAAAAAAGCCUUUGGUACCACUUGGACCAAGCACUUCUGCAGAUAUGACAAAGAAACGAAGGAAUUCAGCAUGGUACCAUACAACCAGCUGACCACCAAAUCGGUGUCCCAGCCUGAAACCAUGGUACUAACUUCAUGCGUCCGCCGCAUGUCCGACUCCAUCGAAAAACGAUUCUGUUUUGACAUCCAGCUGGACUCAAAACCCGGAGUCGCUUUAACCUUCCAGGCUCUCUCAGAGCAAGACCGCAAAGACUGGAUGGACAUCAUGGACGGGAAGGAACCGACUUACACCACUCCAGGUGUUAACAAAGCUCAGAAUUCCGAAGAGAGGUUACUGGACGACGUAGGCAUCCAGUUUGUGAAAAAGUGUAUAGAAGUACUAGAAAGUAGGGGGUUGGAGGAACAAGGGAUAUAUAGAGUAGUGGGGGUUACUUCGAAAGUGAACAAGUUGCUGAAUAUGGGGCUGGAUCGUAGGAAAAGUGACAAGAUAGCGCUGGAGGACCCCCAGGAGUGGGAAACCAAGACUAUUACGAGCGCUUUGAAGAGCUACUUGAGGAAUUUGCCGGAACCAUUGAUGACCUAUAAGUACCACAACGGGUUCAUAGCGGCAGUCAAAAACGAGACGCGCCAACUCCGAGUACACGACGUCCACACCCUAAUCCACCGGUUGCCCAAAACCAACUUCGAAGUACUAAAACUUUUGAUGAAGCACCUCACCAAUGUGGCCGGCAAGUCCGACAAAAACCUGAUGACGGUGAGCAACCUGGGUGUGUGCUUCGGGCCUACUCUCCUCCGCCCCGAAGAAGAAACUGUGGCCUCCAUCAUGGACUUGAAGUUCUACAACAUCGUGGUCGAGAUCCUCAUCGAAAACUACGACAAGAUCUUCAAUAGCGAGCCCGAUAAGACGCUUCCGGUUGAGAAUAAUACCCCUCCGAGGAACAGCUACAAGCACAUCGAGCACCCCACGAACUACGAAAGCAGUGACGUGGUGUAUGCCAGAAGCUACAACUCGAAUCAUUCCAAUCACGUGGCGCCGCCGUACCGUCCACAGAUGACUUGCACUGUUAAAGCGUACUACGAGGAGCCGGUGUCUGCGAGUAUGUACAGCGUCCACGAACCCAACGGAGGCUACGCCAACUUGAUGAGUAAAAGCGAAGUCGUUCCUAUUUGUCAGCCUAUAAUGCAUCAGAAGGCGAUGCAACGGUUUAUGCCUACAGUGUCUUCACAGUCUGAAAGUAAUAUUCCAAACUUACCUAGUCACAGUCCUACGUACAUCAGACCUUUCAACCGCAUUAUUUCAGUACCUAAUAGUACCAGCAGUUCGAAUGAGUCGGUGUCGUCGACGUCCAGAGACGGUACUAACUACGUGACAACUCCGAAGAAGAGCGAAAGAUCGAGCAUCUACAUGGCUUACCCGAAGAGCUACAGGUCGCCGGGCGAUGUCACACAGCUGCGUAAAGAAACUAAUUAUCUAACUACAGCUUCUGGGAGAUCUAGUCCUUCUUUGACCAGGGUUCGGAGAGUGCGAACGUUGUAUGCAUGUUUGGGCGAGCACGACGGAGAGUUGUCGUUCGAGCCGAAUCAGAUAAUCACGAACGUGAAGAGCUCGCAGGAGCCGGGCUGGCUGGAGGGCACGCUGAACGGGAAGACCGGGCUCAUACCGGAGAACUACGUCGAGAUCUUGCCCUGACAGAGCGGCUCGCUGUCGAAAAUUUCCACGUCGUUGCGUCACGGCCUCUGUAAAGCUUUACACUUAAACAAUUCCGAUCCUGAUUUAGUACAAGAGAACGCGCGCUUGAGCUUGCACAGGCAGAGCUUGGACAGCGGGAGGAUGCUGCUGCGACAGACGAGCACGGAGCGGAAGAGCUCGACUUAGUAUUUUUCGAGAGAGUGUUAAUGUCCCAACGUAACACCAUUUACUACCUUUGGAUGUAUUUACGUGUAUAUAGUUUUUUAGAGCACUGUCCGAGAGUAGGAUUUUGGGAUUUUCACCAUAGGGUUUUUUUUUGUAAAGUAUUAUACACGUUCUGUGAUAGUAAGACAGACUGGCACCACUUUAGAAGUAUGUUUCAACAGCCAUAUUUAGUCUGUAUAUAACAUGGUUUGCUUGUAUAUACUGUUCAGUUGGUUAUGUCAAUGUGGGUGUACUGACUGUUUUCUUAUUGGUACCUUUAGAAUUGAGGGACCAUACCCUGGAACACCAAUGUCUCAUAUCAAUUGUGACUGCCUAAAGAGUAAUAAUGUCCGGUUCAGGCGUAGUUACCUGUUAUUAAUGUAACAUUAGUUGUGUCCUUCAAUGUACAACUGGGUUUGGGAAACCCCGACCGUCGUUACGGCAGUCUUCCCAGACGCUUUCGUUUCUUACACACUUUUGUUGUUUUUGUUCGUGUUUAUGUAGUAGAUAUUAUUUGUGAUACCUAAGUGUGUUUACCAUUAUUUUUUACAAUAUAUUUUAUGUACAAUUACUCAUUUUAUGUAUCAAAUUAUAUUUGUAUAUAUUUUAUUAAUCUGUUAAUACAUGGUAUGUUUAGUUCACAUUAUGAAUAAUUGUACUUGUUGUAUUAUUUCAAAGAAAUGUCAAUAAGCAAA